UUAUAAGACACAGCUAAGCUAACACAGAGAAAACCAGACAAACCAGAAAAAAAUGGCAGAACCGGUGACCAACGAAGCCAAAGACACUGUUCCCAGGGUCAUAUGUUUCUUGUCUUCUUUGUUGGAAAGAGUAGCGGAGUCCAAUGAUCGUUGCCGGUUGUUUCAGUUGCAGAAGAUGUCGUUUUUUCAUGGCACUACGAGGCCUACUAUUUCCAUCAGAAGCUAUCUCGAGAGGAUCUUUAAAUACGCAAACUGUAGCCCUUCCUGUUUUGUGGUUGCCUAUGUUUAUCUUGAUCGGUUCGUGCAGAUGCAGCCAUCUUUGCCUAUCGAUUCUUACAAUGUACAUAGGUUGCUCAUCACCAGUGUCUUGGUUUCCGCCAAAUUCAUGGAUGACAUGCAUUACAACAAUGCUUACUAUGCCAAGGUGGGUGGAAUCAGCACAGCAGAGAUGAACCUUCUUGAAUUGGACUUUUUAUUUGGUUUGAGCUGCCAAUUGAAUGUGACACCUACAACUUUCCACACUUACUGUACUUCUCUACAAAGGGAAAUGUGGAUGCAAAUUCAAUCCCCUCUACAACAUUUCCCUCAACCUGUUAGGAUCCAUUGUUGUUUAAAUGAAGAUGAAUCCAACCAUCACCAGCACCUUGCUGUUUAGGCCAUUGUUCUUGUG